ACCAACCAGCAGACACCCAGUUCACGAGCAGUUUGAGUUCAUCCUCCAAGAAACAACAAAAACCUACGGCGAUCGAUCCAUCUCAUUCUCGAGAGAGCGAAUUUGACUUGAUCUCAGCCAGGAUGUUGCAGCAGCCAGCGCCGGUGAAGCUCAUCACGGCGUUCGGCAGCCCGUUCGCGCACCGGGUGGAGGUGGCGCUCACGCUCAAGGGGGUGCCAUACGAGCUGCUCGUGGAGGACCUGGCCAACAAGAGCGAGCUGCUGCUCGCCCACAACCCCGUUCACCAGUCGGUCCCCGUCCUCCUCCACGGCGACCGCGCCGUCUGCGAGUCCCUCCUCAUCGUCGAGUACGUGGACGAGGCAUUCCACGACGUCGACGGGUCGGCGCCCCGGCUCCUUCCGGCGGACCCCUACGAGCGCGCCACGGCCCGCUUCUGGGCUGACUUCAUCGCCAACAAGUGCUUGAAGCCACUGUGGCAGGCGAUGUGGACGGACGGCGAGGAGCAGGCGCGGCUGGCGAGGGAGACCAAGGAGAGCCUGUGGGUCUUGGACGCGCAGCUGGAGGGGAAGCGGUUCUUCGGGGGCGACGCGCUCGGCUUCGUCGACCUCGCCGCAUGCACGCUGGCUCACUGGCUCGGCGUGCUGGAGGAAGUCGCCGGGGUGCGGCUGAUGAAGGACGGCGAGUACCCUGCUCUUCGCCGGUGGGCCAGGGAGUACACCUCCGACGAGGUGGUGAGGCGGUCCCUGCCGGACAGGGACGAGCUCGUCGCCUACUUCACCAAAAACAAGGAGAGGUACAGGUCGUUCAUGGUCAAGGCAGCAGCAGCGGUGCAGUGAAGCGGUAGUGAGUGACGCGAUCGUCGCAGCAGUACAGCGAAGCAGCAGCCACAUCAGAGCUUAUGCUACAGUCUAUAAAUACGCAAUGUAUUUUUUUAGAUGUACGGAGUACUAAAUAACUAAUAAGCAUGUAUUUUGUUCUACACCAUAAUCAUGCAUGGUUUGCCAAA